CUAAAAUCCCGCGCAGAGCUCUUAUGUUCCCCAGAUCUCUAGAUAUGAACGAUGGCGCCGCGCACGCUGCUCCUGCUGCUGGCGGCCGCCCUGGCCCCGACCCAGACCCACGCAGGCUCACACUCGCACUCGCUGCGUUAUUUCGGCACCGCCAUGACCCAACCGGGACACAGGGAACCGCGGUUCGUCGCCUUCGGAUUCGUGGACGACACGCGGUUUGUGUGGUUCGACAGCGAUGCGAUGACCCCUAGAGAGGAGCCUCGGGCGCCGUGGAUGGAGGAAAAACGGCCCGAGUACUGGGAGCGGCAGACUCGGAUCGCCAAGGCUAACGCGCAGAUUUUCCGUGAAAAUCUGAGGACCCUGCUGCGCUAUUACAACCAGAGCGAAGCAGGGUACCACACCAUCCAGUCCAUGCGUGGGUGCUAUAUGGGCAGUGAUGGGCGCUUCCUCAGCGGUUACUACCGGACGGCCUAUGAUGGCGCCGACCACAUCUCUCUGAACGAGGACCUCCGUUCCUGGACUGCUGCAAACAAGGUGGCUCUGAUUACCCAGCGCAAAUAUGAGGCGACGAAUGAGGCAGAGCACCACAGGGCCUACCUGAAAGUUACGUGCAUGGAGUGGCUCCGCAGCCAUCUGGAGAAGGGAAGAGAGUUACUGCAACGUGCAGAUCCCCCAAAGACACGUGUGACCUAUCAUCCCAGACCUGAAGGUGACAUCACCCUGAGGUGCUGGGCCCUGGGCUUCUACCCUGCUGAGAUCACCCUGACCUGGCAGAGAGAUGGGAAGGAACAGACCCAGGACAUGGAACUUGUGGAGACCAGGCCUGCAGGGGACGGAACCUUCCAGAAGUGGGCAGCUGUGGUGGUACCUUCUGGGGAGGAGCAGAGAUAUACAUGCCAUGUGUACCAUGAAGGGCUGCCUGAGCCUCUGACCCUGAGAUGGGCUCCACCUCUUCAGCACAUGGACCCCAUUGUGGGAGUCACUGCUAGCCUGGUUCUCCUUGGAGCUGUGGUCAUUGCUGUGGUGUGGAGAAAGUUACCAAGGAGGAAAGCAUAACACUGGAACUGACCAUACAAAGGUGAACACAUACACAACAAACUAUGUCAUGGGGAGCCUGACUUCUUUCUGCAACUGGCAUCUGACUAUGUCCAUCUGUGUGAGAUUCUGUCAGCCAAAUGUGAGUCUGUUCAAGCUGGGAUUAGGAUUCUCCAUCUGUCUAGAACAGCAUCUAGACAUCUGUUUGGAAUUCUUACCCCAGGCUUGGCUAAUGGCUUAGGGUACAGCAAGUUGCUUCAAACUUGGGAGAGGAAAUAAAAUUUGAGAACAUUUCAGAA